AUGGCCGAGCAGGACCCAGCCCCAGGCUGCCCACGUGGGAAGCAGCAGGUGCCAGCUUUCACCUGGGAGGUGAGAGCCAACGACCGCAGCUACCACAGGCAGGUCAGGAAGAAAUUUGCCUUCUGCCUGAGCAAGAGGAAAUACUCGGGCAAUGCCAUCAGGACAGCCAAGUACAACCUGCUCACCUUCCUGCCCCUGAACCUCUACGAGCAGUUCCACCGCAUGGCCAACGUCUACUUCGUCUUCGUCAUCCUCCUCCAGACUUUCCCUGAGAUCUCCACACUGCCCUGGUACACUCUGCUGUUCCCCCUGAGCUGCCUCCUCAUCAUCCGGGGGCUGCGAGAUCUCAUCGAUGACAUUGGCCGUCACCGCAGUGACAGGAGCAUCAACAGCAGGCCCUGUGAGAUCCUGGCUGGGACCAGGUUCUGCUGGCGGCAGUGGCGCGACAUCUGCGUCGGGGACAUCGUGCGGCUGCGCAAGGACAGCGUUGUCCCGGCUGACCUGCUCCUGCUGUGCAGCUCCGAGCCCAGCAGCCUGUGCUACGUGGAGACCGCGGACAUUGAUGGGGAAACCAACCUGAAGUUCAGACAGGCCCUUCUGGUGACCCACCAGGAGUUGCAGAGCGAGGAGAGCAUGGCUGCCUUUGAUGGGCGGGUGAGGUGCGAGGAGCCCAACAGCCGCCUGCACAGCUUCACGGGCACGCUGCGCUGGCGGGGCCGCACGCACGGCCUGGACGGGGACCGGAUCCUGCUGCGGGGCUGCCGCGUCCGCAACACCGCCCUCUGCUACGGCCUGGUGCUCUACGCAGGGUUUGAUUCCAAAAUCAUGAGGAACUCUGGGAAGAUCAAGAGGAAGAAAACCAAGCUGGACCACCUGAUGGACCGGCUGGUGAUCGUGAUCUUCCUGCUGCUGUUGCUGACGUCCCUGGGCCUGGCUGUGGCCUCUGGGUUCUGGGCCAGGACGUUCCAGGAGAAGCACAGCUACCUGGCUGCUCUCUACCAGCACACCAGCCCUGCCCACCAGGCCUUCCUCAACUUCUGGGGCUUCACCAUCCUCCUGAGCAUCAUCAUCCCCAUGUCCAUGUACAUCACGUUUGAAUUCAUCUACCUGGUGAACAGCUGUUUCAUCAACUGGGACCUGGAGAUGUAUUAUGGUGCCAAGGACAUCCCAGCUGAGGCCAGGAGCACCAGCCUCAGCGACCAGCUGGGCCAGAUCCAGUACAUCUUCUCAGACAAGACGGGCACCCUGACCCAGAACAUCAUGAGCUUCAAGAAAUGCUGUGUCAACGGGACCAUCUAUGACCAGCUGGUUUACCAGGCAGCCUCCCCGGAUGAGGAAGCGCUGGUGUUGGCAGCCAGGAGCUUGGGCUACGUCUUCCUGGGCCGGACUCAGGAUUCCAUCACCAUCAGGGAGCUGGGCAGGACCAGGACCUACGAGCUGCUGGCCAUGCUGGACUUCAACAGCGACCGCAAGAGGAUGUCUGUCCUGGUGCGAGACCCCCAGGGCACCAUCCGGCUCUACACCAAGGGUGCUGACACCGUCAUCCUGGAGAGGCUGCGCAGCCGAGGGCCCCAGGAGAGCCUCACCGAGAGGGCUCUGGAUCGCUUUGCGGAGGAGACGCUGAGGACGCUGUGCGUGGCCAGCAGGGAGGUGAGCGAGGCCGAGUUCCGCGCCUGGGGCCGGAGGCACCGCGAGGCCGCGGCGCUGCUGCGGGACCGCGCGCACCCCCUCCAGCUGCUCGGGGCCACAGCCAUCGAGGACAAGCUGCAAGAGGGAGUCCCUGAGACCAUCCAGCUGCUGAAACUGGGCAACAUCAAAGUCUGGGUGCUGACAGGAGACAAACAAGAGACCGCGAUGAACAUCGGCUACGCCUGCAGGCUGCUGACAGAUGACAUGGAGAUCCUGGAGGAGAAGGAGGUCAGUGAGAUCCUCCAGGCUUACUGGGAGAGCAACAACAACCUCAGUGGCCGUGGGGACACCCCGUGCAGCCUCCCCCAGCAGCACCCAGAGACUCCGUGCCACAAGAGAGCCAUCAUCAUCAGCGGGGACUUCCUGGACAGAAUCCUGCACACGGGAGAGGUGCUGAAGGAGGAGAAGGGGUGGCCAUGGCGGUGGCUGUGCUGUGGCGGGGCCGAGGCCUCACAGGACCAGGGGGCUCUGGUGGAGAAGGCCUUUGUGGACCUGGCCACCAGCUGCCAGGCCGUGAUCUGCUGCAGGGUGACCCCCAAGCAGAAAGCCCUGAUGGUGCAGCUGGUGAAGAAGCACAAGAAGGCCGUCACCUUGGCCAUCGGGGACGGGGCCAACGAUGUCAACAUGAUCAAAACCGCGGACAUCGGGGUGGGCAUCAGCGGGCUGGAGGGGCUGCAGGCCGUGCAGUGCAGUGACUACGCCCUGGCCCAGUUCUCCUUCCUGCAGCGCCUGCUCCUGGUGCACGGCCGCUGGAACUACCUGCGCAUCUGCAAGUUCCUCCGCUGCUUCUUCUACAAGACCUUCGCCGGCCUCCUGGCCCAGGUGUGGUUCGCUUUCCACAGUGGAUUCACGGCCCAGCCUCUGUAUGAGGGCUGGUUCCUCGCACUCUACAAUAUUUUCUACACUGCCUAUCCCGUGCUGUCCGUGGGCCUUUUGGAGCAGGAUGUGAGUGCCAAGAAGAGCCUGGAGUUCCCUGAGCUCUACGUGGUUGGGCAGCAGGACGAGCUCUUCAAUUACCGUGUUUUUGGUGUCACCCUCCUGCACGGGGUGGGCACCUCCCUCAUCAGCUUCUACAUCACGCUCUGGGCCUUUGAGGACCAUGUUGGCACCAAGGUCGUGGGUGACUAUGAGUCCUUCUCCGUCACAGUGGCCCUGUCAGCGUUGCUCUCGGUCCUGGUGGAGAUUGUCCUGGACACUCAGUACUGGACAGUGCUGUCCUUCCUGAUGGUCACAGCCAGCCUGCUCCUCUUCUGCCUCUUCUCCUUCCUGACCCAAACUAUUGAUGCCUACAGGAUAGCCCCUGCCAUCUUCCGCUUCCCAGAUGCCAGCUGGAAUGCCCUGACUGACCCCUAUGUGCUGCUCGUGGUCCUGCUGUCCCUGGUGGUCAACACCCUCCCCUCGCUCACCGUGCACGCCGUCCGUGCCACCCUGGGCAGAGCCACCACCCAGCAGAAGAUCCAGCUGAGGGCCAGGCGGGACCCGGAGCCCCCGGUGGAGCUGCGCUCGCACGUCCCCCGCGGCUCCUUCCGCCGCUCCAGCUACGCCUUCUCCCACCAGGAGGGCUACGGCGGCCUCAUCACCCGCGGGGACAGCAUGCGUGUGAGGGACAGUCUGCGCGUGAGAGACAAUCUGUGUGCUGGGGACAGCAUGCGUGUGAGGGACAGCGGGGACAGCCUGCGUGUGAGGGACACCGGGGACAGCCUACGUGUGAGGGACAGCCUGCGCGUGAGAGACAAUCUGUGUGCUGGGGACAGCCUGCGUGUGAGGGACAGUCUGUGA